GGGGACACGGACGAUGUUUGUGUCACGGACCAGAAGUGACCGAGCAGCGCCAGAAGCGCGGAUGAAGUAACCCGUUAAUUUGUGUCUGUUUUUGUUGUUUCUUUUGGAAGCAAAAUGUCGACUAAACGUAAAUCUGAUGUCACUGUACCUGCGGAGGAAAGUGACCAGCUGUUGAUCCGCCCGCUAGGAGCCGGACAGGAAGUGGGGCGGUCCUGCAUCAUCCUGGAGUUCAAGGGGCGAAAGAUCAUGUUGGACUGUGGGAUCCAUCCUGGCCUGGAGGGAAUGGACGCUCUGCCGUACAUCGACCUCAUCGAUCCGGCGGAAAUUGACCUGCUGCUCAUCAGCCACUUUCACCUGGACCACUGUGGGGCGCUGCCCUGGUUCCUGCAGAAGACCAGCUUCAAGGGUCGAACCUUCAUGACUCACGCCACCAAAGCCAUUUACCGCUGGCUGCUGUCUGACUGUGUCAAAGUCAGCAACAUCUCUGCAGACGACAUGCUCUACAGUGAGAUGGACCUGGAGGAGAGCAUGGAGAAGAUUGAGACCAUCAACUUCCACGAGGUGAAGGAAGUGGCGGGCAUCAAGUUCUGGUGUUACCACGCCGGUCACGUGCUCGGGGCGGCCAUGUUUAUGAUCGAGAUCGCCGGCGUCAAGUUGUUGUACACAGGAGACUUCUCUCGUCAGGAGGACAGACAUCUGAUGGCAGCAGAAAUCCCCAGCGUUAAACCAGACAUUCUCAUCACUGAGUCCACCUACGGCACUCACAUUCAUGAGAAGCGUGAGGAGCGAGAGGCUCGUUUCUGUAACACUGUGCACGACAUUGUGAACAGGGAGGGUCGAUGUUUGAUUCCCGUGUUUGCUCUGGGACGAGCUCAGGAGCUGCUGCUCAUCCUGGACGAGUACUGGCAGAACCACCCGGAGCUGCACGACAUCCCCAUCUACUACGCUUCCUCUCUGGCCAGGAAGUGCAUGGCCGUGUACCAGACCUACAUCAACGCCAUGAACGACAAGAUCCGCAAGGCUAUCAACGUCAACAACCCGUUUGUCUUCAAACACAUCAGCAACCUUAAGAGCAUGGAUCACUUUGAUGACAUCGGCCCCAGCGUGGUGAUGGCGACGCCCGGGAUGAUGCAGAGCGGUUUGUCCAGAGAACUGUUUGAGAGCUGGUGCACGGACAAGAGGAACGGGGUCAUCAUUGCUGGAUACUGUGUGGAGGGAACACUCGCCAAGCACAUCAUGACGGAGCCCGAUGAGAUCACCACCAUGUCGGGGCAGAAGCUUCCUCUGAAGAUGUCGGUCGACUACAUCUCGUUCUCCGCUCACACGGAUUAUCAACAGACCAGCGAGUUCAUCCGGGCGCUCAAACCUCCUCACGUGAUCCUGGUCCACGGCGAGCAGAACGAGAUGGCGCGUCUGAAAGCGGCUCUGAUCCGCGAGUACGAAGACAACGACGAGGUCCACAUCGAGGUCCACAACCCGAGGAACACGGAGGCCGUCACGCUCAACUUCAGAGGAGAGAAACUCGCCAAGGUCAUGGGCUCACUGGCAGACAGGAAGUGUGCUCAGGGUCAAAGGGUGUCCGGGAUCCUCGUCAAGAGAAACUUCAACUAUCACAUCCUGACCCCGUCUGACCUCAACAAUUAUACGGAUCUGUCCAUGGGGACCGUGACGCAGACUCUGGCCGUCCCGUACACCGGACCCAUUUCGCUGCUCGUCAGUCAGCUACGGAACCUCGCAGGAGACGUGGAGCAGGUGGAGGGAACGGAGAAAAUCACAGUGCGGGUCUUUGACAGCAUCACUCUGGUCCACGAGGCCGGCAUGGUCCUGCUGGAGUGGAUCGCUAACCCGCUCGCCGACAUGUACGCUGACGUGGUGACGACGGUGGUCCUGCAGGUUCAGUCCAACCCCAGCGCUCAGAAAUUUGUGGAAGGACGCAGCGAGGUGCUCGACGUCGACGUGUUUGUGGAGAAACUCAAGCUCAUGCUGCAUGACAUGUUCGGGGACGACUGCGUGAAUUUCAAGGACAGUAGUAACCUGAGUGUGACGGUCGACGACGUCACCGCCUUCAUCCAGCCACAGACCAGAACUGUGACAUGUGCAGAGGACGAGACUUUCAGGGAGACGGUGGAAGUCGCCGUCCAUCGGCUCUACGAUGCCCUCAGUCCCAUUAUCUGAGUGGCCACGCCCACUCUAUGAUGUCACCACGGUGGUGACGCAAACUCGAUCUGAUCAGAACCGUGUACAGAAGCCCAAAUUUCUGGGAUUUUUUUCUUUUCUGUGAUUCCUCGUUUUUUUUCUACUUCCUGUGUAAAACAAUAAAACAUUUUUCAUGACAAAAAAGUUAA